CAGGUCUAAUCUGGCAGCUGUUUCAUUACGGUGCUAGUUACUGCUCUAAAUGUUUUAAACUUUUGAGUUUGAACAGUUUCUUGGCAUAUCUUGUUUAUACAACUAUUUACGAACGAUAUUGAAUGGAGAAAUUUUAGUAUAAACUGCAAGGUCUAAAUUUUGAAAAUACCUUCUGUAAUUGUAGUGGCAUAUCAAAACUAAAUUUAAUUUUAUAUAAUUCUCUGACAUGGUCUGAAUUUUAGUCUAUUUACUUCUUUUCGUAGAAAUGCAGUUUUAUAAAUAUUUAACUUCGUUCUAACAUUUUAUUUACUAAUAGUCGCAAUGAGUUUAUUGAACUUACCUGAUGAUGUGUUAGAGAAAGUGUUAUCAUAUAUUAGUUAUGAUGAAGUCAGUCGUUGUAGAUUGGUUUGUCGUAGAAUUAACUAUGUCUGUAAAAGAGUUCUGAAUAGAGGAUUUCAUAAAGUUGAAAAGUACCAUGCCCAGUGUUUGCGCCAUGUUAAAUCGCAAUUACCAAGGCGGGAAUCUGAACGGAGAAAGCAUCCACUGGCUCGACAUUGUGAUAUAUUAACAGCUGUAGAAACACGCUUGUCUCUGUUGGGAAUGACCUUUUUGAAAUAUAUGGAAAUGAAUCUUUGUUGCUUUAUACCUGGAAAGGUUUUGGAUGAGAUCUAUAUAGUUCUGAGGUCUGUAACAUCUGAGCAAACUCCAGUUAGGGCUCACGAGGUUUUACAAGAAUUGCGUGAUUUAUCAUCUAUGGCGAUGGAACAUUUUGAUGAAAAAAUUUCACCUGCUUUUAGAAAACGUAAAGAAACUGGUCCAAAAAUUAUUACAGGACUCAACAUUUUCUCUCGUUUUAGGCUUCUUGCAAGAAUUAAAUGCCCUGUAUUAUUAGGGUUACGAAGCGAAGGUAGAACAAAGAAUCCUUUUUCAUCUGUGUCGCAUCAUUCUAAAAGUUCAGGCCGUCAUUGUGCUGGAGAGCAUAAAGUUCAUAAAUGGAGAGAAGAAGCCAAAAGUUUAGUACAGAAACAAAAUGCUACAAACAAAGAGGUUCAAUUUCUGAAGCAAAAGGUUACUGAAGUUAAUAAAACUAACAGUGAACUUGAGAAGAAAGUAAAUGAGUUGCAAGCUUUAGUAGCUGCCCAAGUAGAAAAAGCAAAAGAACAAGAUUUGAGGUUGGAUUUUUUGAGCCGGUUAAUUGAUGGUGGUUCCAUGUCACCUUCAAACCCUAGCAAUCAAAGCAAGGUUAAAAACAAUUUAACUGGAAUGAAAUCUACGCUCAUUAAGGACAAUCUACGCCCUCACCUGAGGAAGAAAAGGCAGGCUAGGGUUGUAACAAAUCAAACGGAUAAGCCUAGGAAAAGGUUAAAACGAGGAGAAUAGGUCUUAUUGAUGCUAGCAAUUUUUUUAACUUGUGUUUGUUUUAUUUGAGAUAAAUUUUAUUAAGUCUUUGAUAACUGUUAGGGUAGUAGUUGUCCUGAUAAAAAAAAAAAUAUAUGGUUUUUAAAUAUACCAUUUUCAACUAAAAUAGAAUCAUAGAAAAGAUUGUUUCUAUUUUGAAUGACUGCAUUGAUUGGUUAUUUUUAUGUUCAAGCAAAAUUCUUCUGAGCAAAAAAAUUAUUAGCACAAAAGAUGUUUAUAUAAGCCAGAUCAAUCAAUGUUUAAACUCUUUCCUAUAUAUCAUUAAAUCAAAAGUUUUCUGAUAAUAGUGAAAAACUGUUUAAAAAAAAUUGUUAAGUACUAUGGUAAAGUAGGUUGACCCUUGUUAUCAAACUUUAAAAAAAAUUUCUUGGGUAGGUGUGUUAAUUCAUCUCCCAAAUUUUCAGAAAAAGAGCAUCAACCAGUGAUAUUCAUGUGUUUCUUGUGUUCAUUUAUUAAUGCAAAUGAGAUAUUUAUAUUUUAUUGUUUCAUCAAUAUCAAUGUGUUUUAUACAUUCUUCAAUUAUGCUUAGUAUUUCUGAUGGAUUAUUUUUAAUCUUCUAACAUUAUUUAAUAUGUAGCCUUAAUGUGUGGCCUUAUAUAAUAAUUCCUUAUUAAAUGAAAUUACGUUAAAGAUUGUAUUUAUUGUUUCUAAAAAAUUAGGCGUGAAACUCUUCUAAUUUUUGGAAGAAUUUCUGACUUAUUAUUUAAUUCUCAUUUAUAUAUAAAGCUUAACUUGUUGAACUGUCAAUGUGCACUUUAGUUUUUUUUUUUUUAAUUUUUCUUUUUGUGCAGAAUACUUUCACAGGUAUUGUCAUAUACUUUGACAGGUAUUUUCAGCCUUUUUGUUUUUAUUCCUUUUUGUUUACUCCUGUCUGUAAAAUAUUUGUUGAUUAAAUAUUGUCUAUCUUAGACUAGAUACAAGUUUUUAAUAAUUUUGUUUGUUUAUUUUUUAAAAUAGCUAUUAUUGUUAAGGGUUUUUUUUCUGUUUCUUGCCAUUUUUAUUUCACCUCUAAAAAUAUUGAUUGAUUAUAUUGUGUUUACUCUAAUAAUUUAUGAUACAGAAAAUACUAUUAGAGAAUAGAUUAUUAUAUUUUACUUGUAUAGUUUAUUCUUAAGAAUAUUUAUUACUUUUUAUUUGCAUUAAUUAGUUUUUAUUUUAUUAAUUAAAUUAUAUCAGAUGCUUUUUAUGCUUUUUUAAUUUACUAAUUAAGAUUUUACUUAAGCUAAUGUGAUGCAAGCCAAUCUGAUGAUGAUUUUACUGAUGCAAUCUCUAGACCUUUGCUAAUUAUUUCAGCUGCUAAACAUUUUUCUGGAGUAAGAUUCAAUCAUUGUGAAACUAAAUAUCACAUGAGUUUGGCAUAUAAUAGUUAAAUAAAGAAAAUGAAUAUUCUUCUUUUAUCAGCCAUGCAUUCUAAGAGCAUCAAGUGUGGUAUCUGUUGAAGUGUUUUCAAUUUUGCUAUGCGGUACAAUAUUUAUCAUUUAUGCAGAAUAGAAUUUAAUUUUAAAAUUAGUACUUAUUUAUCGGAAACAGAGAAGCUAAAUAUACAUUAAAUCUCAUAUUAGUAAAAAUAUCUUGUAAUCUUAACUAUCCACCAAUGUACCGUGCCUGCUCAAGAAUUAUUUUAGUCCUUCAUUUUUGUAGAUAUAUAAGUUACUGUAGAGUACAAUUUUAUCUUUUCAUGAUUUUUGUAACGCUAAGUAUAGCAAAAAAUAGUAAGUGUAUUAAAAGUAAAAUUUAAUAAACUAUCAAAUUAUAGUUGUUAUAUCAAAAAUAAAUCAAUUUAAGAGCCAUUUUGUUAAAAAAAGAAAUAACUAAUUUUUAUUGUGAAAUCUAGCUAAAAAAUAUCGCAAUCGAAAUAUUUUUUGGGUUGCAAAUAUUUUUCGAUUCUUAAAAACUUAUAAUUAAAUUUUUACCCAUUCCAAAAAUAGUUCCUGUAAUCUGGUUUUCGGAUAAAGGGUUCUCUACUCUGAAAAUUAUAUCACUCAGAAAAUAAGUUUAUUAAUUUUUGGUAUUAAGUUUUAGUUUAUCAAUAAAAUUUAAUCAGUUUAUAGUAUCAAUUAAAUGUGUCUAAAAGGAAGACUAUAAAUAUAUUUUUAUAGUUGAUUUCUUUUUUAACAAGUAGUUUGGCUCGUGUACUAAAAAAUGUAAAAUGAUUUUCUGGUUUUCUUUUUGGACAACUACUAGGCCUAUAUUUGUGUGAAUCUAUGUGAAGUCAGCAAAAUGAGGAAUUCAUUUCAUUAUUUGACUUAAACAGCUAAAGUAGCUAAUAAUUUAUAAACUAACUAUGCAACAAUUUGAAGCCUUGCUGUUGUUAAAAAGAGCAUGUAAAACAAAAUGUUGAUUCCAUAUAGAAAAAUGUAUCUUUUUUUUAUUUUGAAAUUAAAGUUAAAAAUUUAUUAA